CAAUUCCAUUUCAUUUGGACCCGGAACGUCUUUAAGCGCGCAACGCUUGUCGGUUCGUCGCCGUUGUCAUCAAAUGUACGUGCGUUCAUAACACUCGCACGCCGGUGUGCUGAUACGUAGUCGUAGUUCUGCCAAAGGCGUGACCUUACGUGGCGAUAAUAACGCUCUCGAACUCAUUUUCAUACGCGACGCUGCAGUUAAAGACCAACAACAAUAUCGAAAAAGUGUUUUUGUGCGCAUAAAUUCAUCAAAAGCGACAUAAUUGCUUGUGUAUAAGUUAUGUAAGUUGUUGUUACUUUGAAAGUUUGCAAAACGCCAUUUGUUUGAGCGCCGAAAUUUUGUUUCAACAGUUGUUUGUGUGUGUGUGCCAGCUGUUAGACCGGCCGGUGAAUUCGUUGGUUUUGUUAUGAAAAUGUGAUGUAAACACAAAAAUUUAAUGCGAAAUAUGUACAAAUAUAAUAAACCGAUUUAAAGUGUUUCGGUUAAUCAUAAAAUUGCAGCUAAAGAUUCUUCAAAGAAGCUACUUGUAUAAAAAAAAAUCAACGAAAAUUAAAUUUUAAUUUUAAUUCAAUUUUGUUAAAGCGUAGCGGUUAUAACACAUUCCAGCAACUAUAGACAUACAAUAUAAUAUAUACAACAACACCAAUACACAAACACGUGAUUUCGCGCAGCAGGCACAUAAACACAUACAUACAUACACAACUAGCAAAUAUACGCCAAUUUAUCGAGCAGACAAACUUUGAUGCCAUGAAAAUGCCGCAAACCGAAGAUGAGGUUAAUGAAAAGAUUUACGAUCAUCGCAUCAUGCCGGAUUGGUCGAAUGUGGUCAACGAAACAAAUGGCACAAUGCACUACUCGAAGGAUAUGAUCUUCAAUGAUGGGCAUCGACUCUCCAUCACAGUUUACAGCAUCCUGCUUGUGCUCUCGUCGAUCGGCAAUUCAACAGUGCUGUAUUUGAUCGUGAAGCGGCGCUGGCACAAUCGUACGCGCAGUCCGUCUCGCAUUGAUAUUAUGUUGAUGCAUUUGGCCAUUGCUGAUUUGAUGGUGACUUUCCUGUUAAUGCCGCUGGAGAUAGCGUGGGCGUAUACAGUGCAAUGGCGUUCCACCGAUUUCGUCUGUCGCACAAUGAGCUUUUUCCGCGUGUUCGGCCUGUAUUUGUCGAGUUUUGUGCUAGUCAGCAUAUCGAUAGAUCGAUAUUAUGCCAUUUUGAAACCAUUGAAAUUCUCAACAAAUCGCGGUCGUAUUAUGCUGGCAAUUGCAUGGAUCGCGUCGGUGAUCUGCAGUACACCGCAGGCAUUCAUAUUCCAUUUGGAGCAGCAUCCCAAAGUGAAGGGUUACUACCAAUGCGUUGCAUUCCAUUCCUUUCCCACCGAACUGCAUAAACUAAUCUAUCAGAUCUCGAAUAUGUGCGCCAUGUAUGCUUUCCCAUUGGCCACAUUCAUCUAUUGCUAUGGCCGCAUCUAUUUGGAGAUCUAUCGCAAGAGUAAGCGCAUGGUUAAGGGUGAUGACAAAAAUGGUUUCGCCCGCUUCCGACGCUCCAACGAUGAUGUGCUUGGACGCGCUAAAAAGCGCACGCUUAAAAUGACAAUAACCAUAGUGAUCGUAUUUGUGAUCUGCUGGACGCCAUACUAUAUAAUGUGUUUGUGGUUUUGGCUUGAUAAGCCUUCGGCAGAUAAUGUGAAUCCGCUGUUGCGUAAAAUACUCUUCAUAUUUGCAUGCACGAACUCGUGUAUGAAUCCGUUGGUGUAUGGCGUGUUCAAUAUACGAGGCAAGACGAAUAAUAAUAAUACGUCUGUUCAUAAUCGGCACACAUCGCUCUCUAGUGGCGGUCGCAUGGCUAUGAAAGAACGUAACGGCAGCGCGCAUACCGUUGUCACAUUACCAGCGGUGAUCAAUGGCAGCAAUGGUGACACCAGCAAUGUCACACAAAGCACCACACUCUCAAAUGAUAUAUUCACCAUAUCGAAAAUCGCCGAAGAUAUUGAAAAAGAGAAGCCACCAAAGAUUAUAAUAAGUGACUCCAUUGAAUUGGCGCAUAUGCCAAAGUCGCAAUGAACUUUGUAUGAAUUUAAGUGAUAUCGAAGGGAAUCAUCGCGCGCUUGGCUAUAUCCACGUAAAAUGGGGAAAUUUUUACUCGCACAUAUCUUCAUAAAUACAAUACAUACAUAUGUAUGUAUGCACCACAUAUGUGUGCAUACAAUUAAGUUGUUUUGUACCUUCAAUAUAAAAACAUAAGGAAUUUGUAAUCGAAGCUGUCUGUCGCCCGUUAGAUCACAUAUAGCAUACGAGUAUGUGUCUGCAUCUAUUGCGGAGGGUCUCUUUUAUAUUGCCCGCUGAUUAUACUUUUGCUCAAACUUAAUUAUAUUGUAUGCUAGUUGUGGGUUAAGUAAAUUAUAUACACACCUAUCCGUUAUGGUUGGAUAUGCUGAAGAUGCCUACUGAGUUAUGCUAAUUAUCUAGUGUUAAGACGUAUGUUUGCAUGUGUUUUUGUAGUAGUAGCUGUUUUGCUGGAGUUUGUAGUAGUUUAAGCUUGAACUUAAUUUAAUUUAUUCAUAAUAAAUUUUGGAAAAAAUAUACAACAAAAAAGAAGAAUGAUAUUAAGUUAUUUCCAAUCGAAUUGAAA